AUGUCUUGUAAGGUUGAUGGAGAUUGUGGUGCAGUACUGGACUCAAUGUGUUCAAUCAAUAAAAAAUGUAUUUGUAAAUUAAAUCAUGUACAAUUGAAUUCAAUAACUUGUGCGCCAUUAUUAGAUCAAUUCUGUGGGAGACAUUUAAGUAUGCCUUGCCGAUCUGAUAAAGAAUGCAAUAGUAUAAUAGAGCAUUCAAUAUGUUUGAUAAAUAAUGAAUGCUUCUGCGAUGUUGAUUAUAUUCCGAUAAAUGGUACUAUAUGCGCACCCAACAUUAAUAUAGAUUGUUUUUAUGAUGAUCUAUGUGCUGCAAAGAAUUCUGAUUGUAUUGAUAAUAAGUGUCAAUAUAAUAAUGAAGAUGAAAAUAGAACAUUAUGUGACAAAGAUAACAAAGAGGUGACUGCAAAGCCAAUUGAUGGUCCCUGCCUCAGUUAUGCUGAACGGUGCCAUCAAACGUUUGCAAAUGCAUUUCACCUCGAAUUAUGUAUUGUUCUUCAUGAUUAUCUUCGAUUAAAUGAAACGACAUGUUGGCCAAAACUGACCGGAUUAUGUAUGUCGGAUGAACAAUGUACAGUAAUUAAUUCCGUUUGUAUUAAUAAACGUUGUCAAUGUAAAUCAAAUUAUCUUGCUGUAUUAAAUGAAGAAUGUCUUGCAGUUAAUUUGGGACAGACAUGUUUGAAAAACAGUGAUUGUCGGAAAAUACCGUAUGCAACAUGUACCGAAGACAACCAGUGUGUUUGUCGAUUAAAUUAUACUCAGUUAAAUGAUACAACUUGUAUUGUACCGAUGAACGGGUAUUGUCAAAACGAUAAACAAUGUGUAUUUGAUAAUUCUUUUUGCAGUAAUGAUAAAUGUCAAUGCAAAUAUGGUUUUAUGUUACGGAAUGACAAUGAAUGUAUAUCUCAUUACAUAGGAAAGUCAUGUGAGACUAACGAAGAUUGUGAUGAGAUUCGACACGCAAAAUGUUUGGACAAAAAAAAAUGUGUUUGUAGAGAAAAUAAUGUUCAGUUAGAUUUAAUUACAUGCGCGCCAUUAUUAGGUAAAUUUUGUUGGAAGAAUGAAACGUGUGCCACCGAUAAUUCUAUUUGUGUUGAUACUGAAUGUCAAUGUAAAGUUAACUACUUAGAACGAUCCAAUCAAUGCCUACCAACUUAUUUGAAACAAUCAUGUAGAAUCGAUAAGGAUUGUCAAUACAUAAAAUAUGCCGUGUGUUCAAGCAAUAACGAAUGUGUUUGUAAAUUAAAUUAUGUUACGAUCACGAACGUUAGAUGUGAGUCACUAAUCGACGAACACUGCGAUAGUGACUUAGAAUGUUUUCCACAUUUUUCAAUUUGCAUUGAUAAUAAAUGUCAAUGUCAACAAAAUUUUAUUCAUCAAUCUAACACAAACUGUACACCAGUUUUUUCUGAGAGUUACUGCGAUAAUGAUGAAAAUUGCACCAAAAUAAAAAAAAAUUCGGUUUGUGGGAAAAACAGAGAUUGUAUUUGUAAACCAAAUUAUGUUGCAUUAAAUGAAACUGUGUGUGCACCACUACUAAAUCAAGACUGUCAAAACAAUGAAAUAUGUGCUACUGACAAUGCCAUAUGUGUAGAAAAUAAGUGUGCCUGUAAAGCUAAUGUCACAUCACAAUCCAAUAAUCAAUGCUUACCUAAACGUUUGGGCCUAUCUUGUAAGGAUGAUAUUGAUUGUCGUAAAAUAAAGAAUGCAAGAUGUUCAAUAAAUAAAAAAUGUGUUUGUAAGAAUAAUCAUGCUAAAUUAAACAAAAAAGCUUGCGCUCCACUAUUAGAGGAAUUUUGUUCAACUAGUGAAAAAUGUGCUAUGGAAAAUUCAGAGUGUAUUGAUAAUAUGUGCAAAUGCCAAAUUCAUUUUGUCCCGAUUAAUAAUAAUCAAUGUGUAUUGGAAUUCACUGAAAAAUUUUGUCACUCUACUGUUGAUUGUCAAGGAAUAACAAACGCUGAAUGUUCAGAUGAUAAAAAAUGUGUUUGUAAACAGAAUUAUACUGCAAUGAACGAAACAUUGUGUACACCACUUUUAAAUGGUCAUUGUUCAAAUGACAGCGAUUGUCUUACUCCGGAUUCAUUUUGUGACUCUAGUAAAUGUCACUGUAAACCUUUCUAUGUACCUAAAUCUAACAAUCAGUGUAUAUUACUUACAUUAGGAAAAGCUUGUAAAAAUAAUAAUGAUUGUUCAAUAAUACCAAAUGCUGUAUGCUCUCCGGAUAAAAUUUGUGUUUGUUCUAAAAAUAAUACCGCAAUUGAUGAAAUUACAUGUGCACCGAUUAUCGGGGGAAAUUGUUCAAUAGAUGAAAAUUGUCGUUAUAAUACAAUCCACUGUAUGAAUAAUAAGUGUCAAUGCAAACCUAAGUUUUCUUCUAUAUCAGCCAGCCAAUGCGUACCAACUAAUGAAAAACAUAGUUGUGAGAAUAAUUUAGAUUGUGGAGACCCUUGGCACGCGCAAUGUUCGAAUGAUAAAGAAUGUGCUUGCAAAGUUAAUAAUAUUGCAGUCAACAGUUGGACGUGUUCUCCAAUUAUUGGCGGACCUUGUUGGAAUGACCAUCAAUGUGUUGUUUCGAACUCUUUUUGUAACGAUUAUCAAUGUAAAUGUAAACCGAAUUUCGUAAGCAUAUCAAACGAUUUAUGCUUUCCAGGUAUGGAUGCAAUAAAUUUUACGUAA